AUGUCGGGCCGUUUGGAGCCGCUGUCGUCGGGCAGUGCGACGUGGGACGAGUCCGCGUCGCUUGUUAAUCGCGAAGUGCCUCCACCCGUGUCCUACAGCGGCAAUCAGCAGCAGCAGCAGCAUUCCCACACGAGUCGGCUGUUGCCCGGUACUGGUGGCUCUGCCAAAAAGCAGAAUAGCAGGAUGCUGACCAAAGGGGAGUCCAGAGAGAGCGAGCCGGUUGGCGAUGAUGCCGACUAUGUCGACAGCGACGUUUCCGUUCUGUCGCAAUUCCACGAGGAUGCCAUUUCUCAGGCUGGAUUUGGCUGGUUUCAAUGGACCCUGUACGUCAUCAUCGGACUCGGACUGGCAGCAGACACAAUCGAAUUAUUCGUUGUCGCUUAUGUGCUGCCUUCCGCCGAAGUCGAGUUGUGCAUGAACAAUGUGAAGAAAGGCUGGCUUGGUGCCAUAACCUUCUUCGGGAUGAUGAUCGGUGGGUUCGUGUGGGGCAGUUUGGCAGACAGGAUGGGUCGCAGAAAGGCCCUCCUGUCCGCCUUGACGGUGAAUGCGGUUUUCGGUGCCAUCGCUGCCUUCAUGCCAACUUAUGGCACUUUCAUGACAGCCAGGCUCUGUUCGGGCAUUGGUGGAAUUUCAUGGCAAAAGUUGAAAAGUGUCGAAUAUAAGUUUUGGGAUUGCUCUCAUAUCCAGCAUUGCUCAUUUAUCUUGACGUGCGACAGAAUCGGUGGUUCCUUGCCCGUGGUCUUUGCCUACUUCUCCGAGUUCAUGAGCAGACGGAGUCGAGGCAAGCACUUGUCCUGGCUUCUAAUGGCCUGGGCUAUUGGUGGUGUAUUCGUGGCACUGAUGGCGUGGACCAUUAUCCCAAGGACGGGUGAGUUCUAUGGAUUAUCCCUUUGGUUUCCCGAAUACCUAAAGGCGUUGAAGAUGGACGAGUACGACUCGAAUGUGAAGUUGGUCGUGGGCGAAACGUACGUGAAACAGGUAUUCAAUGGGACCCUGGACAACGUCAAAUUUGUCAAUUCCACAUUCACUGAUGUCACAUUCCACGGAAUCGUUUUGAAUCACGUCGAGUUCACGGGGUGUUUACUGAAUCGCUGCGAGUUCAGCGACGUGGUUUCCUCGCGAACAUUCUUCAAAAAUUCCACGCUGAUCCAGAACCACUUUGCCGACACCGACAUGUAUCCCUACAGGUUCAGCGACGACACUGUGUUGAAAAACAAUUCAUUCUUGGCCAUGAUGGGCGGUUGCACCCUGGACUUUGAUUUAAACUUCCACUUGAACGAAGUUUUCAUGGAGAACUUGAUUGGACAACUAGCUCUGAUUCCAGGCACGGUACUUUCUGUUUUCCUCCUGGACAAACUUGGACGUGUCAAGAUGAUAUGUGAGUCUCGGAUUUUUCGAAUGUAUGUCGAUGUUUUUGUCAGCAGCGGCAGCGUUUUUCAUCUGGUUCCUGUACACCAGAGUCGCAGUGAUUGCUUUCGAGGCGAUCUUCAAUUUUAUAUUUAUUGUGGGCUGGAAUUCCUUGGACGUGUCCACGACCGAAAUUUACCCGUGUCAUUUAAGUCUGCCGAAUUGCCGGAAAUACUCGGGAGUUUGACUUUUGGCAACUACAUUGGAGUGAGCAGAGCGAUUCCGAUGCUAACAACAGCUGCUGUGCUUCUCAUUGGAGCCAUAGCAUCGAUUCGAAUCCCGGAGACAAAAGACAUUCUGCUUUGA